GAACAUGGGUGCUUUGCUUGCAGCACCAGCGUGCGCUGCUUCGUCGGCAUGCUGUUUCGGGAGCGCGGCAUGUUCACUUUGCUGCUCAAUUUGCCCAACGACUAAAAGCUCGACAACUACUCGUAUCAUGUAUGCAUUCUUGCUCUUCACUAGCACAUUCCUCUCCUGUAUAAUGCUUCUACCAGGAAUUCAAAACAAAUUAGCAGAGAACAAAUGGUUUUGUGAAGGGUUGAACGAAUAUGCUGGAAUCAGCUGUGCACACGCUACUGGAUUCCAGGCUGUCUACAGAGUUUGUGCAGCAACUGCGUCAUUCUAUCUCCUUUUUAUGCUCAUCAUGAUUGGCGUAAAGGAUUCAAAAGAUGGCCGGUCAUCGAUUCAGAACGGGUUUUGGUUCUUCAAAUAUUUAAUUCUUGGAGCCUUGAUCGUCGGAUUUUUCUUUAUUCGCAGCGAAAGUCUUGCAACUCCACUCAUGUACAUUGGCUUAAUUGGAGGUUUCAUGUUCAUUCUGAUCCAGCUUAUUCUCAUCGUUGAUUUUGCUCACGGACUCGCAGAAGCUUGGGUGACAUCGUACGAAGAGAGUGAAUCAAACUACUGCUAUGCCGGUCUACUGGUGACAGUAUUUGGAGGAUUUGCCCUUGCUUUAACCGCAGUUAUUAUAAUGUACAUCUACUAUGCUUCCGGCGAAGGAUGUGGUCUGCCAAGAUUCUUCGUGAUUUUCAACACGCUGCUAUGCGUUGGUCUCACAGCUUUAUCGCUGGCUCCAGCGGUUCAAGAAGUCUCACCAAGAUCGGGUCUUGUUCAAGCAGUUAUGAUCACCGGAUACGUUAUGUAUCUAACAUGGGCUGCUUUGAUCAACAACCCAGAUAAGGCCUGUAAUCCUUCACUCAUCAGCAUUUUCACUGGAAACAGCACUGAUCCAUCACACAAAACCGACGAAGGACAUUAUGGAAUUCCACUUCCAGCUCAGUCGAUCGUCUCUCUGUUCCUCUGGUUUGCGUGUCUUCUAUAUGCAUCGAUCCGCAAUUCGUCGAAUACCUCACUCGGAAAAAUUACUGGAGGAGGAAAUACCAGCGAUGAAGCUAUUCAACUAAGUUCGUCUUUGAAUGGUGCUGAUGAUGCAGAAUCACAAAACUCCAAACGAGUAUACGAUAACGAAGAAGAAGGCGUAGCUUAUUCCUAUAGUUUCUUCCACUUCAUGUUUGCCCUGGCUUCCCUCUACGUUAUGAUGACACUGACUUCGUGGUACAAACCAUCUAACGAUUUGUCCCAUUUGAAUUCAAAUAUGGCAUCUGUCUGGGUGAAAAUAGUUUCAUCGUGGGUGUGUGUUGCUCUUUACUGCUGGACGUUGGUUGCUCCAAUCAUCUAUCCGGACCGAGAGUUUUGAAUUGCUUAAAUUCUCUUAAACUUCCCAGUGAUUCCGAUUCUCGUCAAAAUAUACUUAUUCGUAUCAGAUGUAUAUAUCAUCAAAAUUUGCCAUGUAAAAGUAGCUGUACAUUCACGACUUGCCCGACUUGAUGCCAUCACCAAAAUUCACUUUUAUUUUGUAAUAAAUUUUAUUCGACCAUAUUUAUUUUUAAAAUAUCUAUUUAACCC